GGUACAGGUACUAAGAACAGUUUGUAACGUCGCAUCUAGUUGCCGCAUUUGUGUGUAUAUUAUGUAUUGAUGUUAUUGUGUGUGUACUGCAGUGAAUAUAUAACUAAAUAAUUAAUUUGUUCCAAAGUAAAUUAAUAAAAAGUGUUAGAAAAUAAUCGGUUUCUUCGUGAUUGUUUUUCGUUAAAAUGGCGAUGACUUCUUCACAAGUAAAGCAACAGCAGCAAAACAACAUGGCCGGUAGUGGAACGGGCUGGCCACGAAGAAAUAGUCAAAAUUCAGCUGCUGUAGUUGGCGCUACAUCUACAUUUGAUACAAAAUUCCCCGCACCUUCUGCUGCAAUUAACAGGAUAAUCAACUUGUAUCCUCUUACAAAUUAUACUUUUGGAACAAAAGAACCACUAUUUGAGAAAGACCCCAGCGUUCCUGCCAGAUUUCAAAGAAUGCGAGAUGAAUUUGAAAGAAUUGGAAUGAGAAGGAGUGUUGAAGGUGUUUUAUUAGUACAUGAACAUGGAUUGCCGCAUGUUUUGCUUUUGCAGCUAGGAACUACCUUUUUCAAGCUUCCCGGUGGGGAACUGAACACCGGCGAAGAUGAAGUGGAAGGACUGAAACGGCUGUUAACUGAGACGUUGGGAAGACAAGACGGUGUCAAACAAGAGUGGCUUAUCGAAGACAUCAUAGGCAACUGGUGGAGACCCAACUUUGAACCGCCUCAGUAUCCCUACAUUCCAUCGCAUAUUACUAAGCCCAAGGAACAUAAACGUCUCUUUUUAGUACAACUUCAAGAGAAGGCUUUAUUUGCUGUUCCUAAAAACUACAAGUUAGUAGCAGCACCAGUGUUUGAAUUGUAUGACAAUUCUCAAGGAUAUGGACCUAUAAUUUCUUCGCUUCCUCAAGCCUUAUGCAGGUUUCAAUUCAUCUACAUGUGAAAAAAAUGAAUCUUUGGAGGAAAGUCGAAAGAAAAGAAGAUAUAUCAAUUGAUUUCAAGGUAUUUUAAAAGUGAAUGAUCGCUGACAAUUAUUGAGACUUUAUUUUAGAGUUAGUUUGAUGUGUAUAUAAUAAAAAAGAUCUAAUUACGUAUUUUUCCGGAUAAACCAAGUAAUUGCUAGGCUCUGAUUCUGAUUAAAAAAAGAAAGUAAUGAUAAUAAAGUAGCGUUAAGAUUAAAAGUGAGUAGUUUCUAAUAUAUUUAUUGUAAUUAGUAUUAAGAAUCAGUUCAGUUUUUCGACAUUUUUUUUAUCGUUCAAAACAGCGGAAUAAACUACAGGGUGCGUUUUGUUAAUUAUUGCACUUUGAAUUUCGUGACAUUUAUAUGUUACUUUUAUAAUACAAAAAAAAUACACAUUACUGUAUUUAAAA